AUGAAAUAGGUUCCUAUUGUAUAUUUUUUUCAAAAUGAACCAAAGACAUAAUAUAUGUUCUUUUUCUAAGGAGAAGAAGUAUAGAAAUGAAAAUUUUAAUUGUAGCUUCUUGUAAAAAAUAUUUUGCAGUAAUUUCCUUUUAAAAUUACUUCUCACCAUAUAAGAUUUAAGAUAUUUGUAUAAGAUAUUGAACCAAAAACGUAAUUGAUUAAUUUAAUAUAUAGUCAUGCCUGGUUUGAUAUAUCUAAUCCAAAUGCAAAAGUACCUGUAGUUAAUGAUACUGUAUUUGUUAAAAUAUUAACUCUUUAAGAUCUGUCAUAUAGCAGAAUAGCUAAAAAAAUGGUUGAAAAUGUGAAUUAGGAUAUAAAAGUUGGAGAUGUAAGAGUUUAAAAAAAUACUGUUUAAUAAUCACCACAAACAUAAAUUAAAGUCUUAGCAUAGCAAUAAAAUUCAUCACCUAAAUUGUAAUAGUAAUAAAAUUAAAAAUAAACUGUUCAACCUGUUAUUCAGUAAGGUGGAGAAAGAUAAAGCAAUAGAUAAUUGAGUAAUUAAUCUAAUGGAACCAGUUAGAGUGGUGAUCUUUUAGAGGCAUUUGAAAAAUUAGAUUUUAAGCCAAAUCGUCAUCAAACAUAAUCAUAACCAAUAAGUUAAGCAGAUUUAGAUAUCAACAAUUAAAAUAAUACUAUAUUUUAGAAUUUUAAUCAAUUCAAACCAAUUAUAGAGUAAAAUGAAGGAGAUGAUACUAAGCUUACACAAUUCUAAUAAAAACAACAGCCAUAAUAAACAAAAAAAGGUGAAGACCUUUUUGAAUUUGAUGGUCCUAUAGAAAAUUAGGCUAAUUUAUAAAAUGAAUAAUCUCAAAGCUAGGAUCUAUUUUAAUUUGAUACACCAACUCAGGCAAAAUAAUAGUAAUAAUAAUAAUAAUCUAAUGAAUAAUAUGAUGGACUUACAGAUAAAUAAAUUGUUGAUAUGAGAGUAGAAUAAGCAGCAGAAGGUUUAUAAAAGAUUUGGUAAGAGGAAGCAGAUUAUAAUAUUUAGAGAUAACAAGCUAAAGAUGAGGUAGAACCAAAAAUAUUAAAAUGGGCCUUUAAAAACGAUGUUAGAAAUAAUUUAAGAUUACUACUCUCUACAUUAAAUGAUGUUUUAUGGGAAGGUACUGGUUGGUAAUGUUCAAUAGGUGAUUUAAUGACCGAUGGCAAAGUUAAAGUAAAAUAUAAUUCAUAUCAAAAUAGUUAAAGUAUCGUCAAGCUUUAUUGAUUGUUCAUCCUGAUAAGCAUAAUUAGACUCCUCCUAUCUAAAGGUAUAUUGCUGAAAGAGUAUUUUAUGAACUUAAUUAAGCUUGGAAUGAUGAUAAAAAUAAAAGUUGA